AUCUUGUGGGUAUAGUUGUAAUUUCAUGAUGAAGUCUCUAGGCGGCAGUGCUGUAUUGACCAUUUCAGUAAGUUAACGGCUCCCGUCCAAGCCCACGCAAUGCAUUCUGGUACUUGAGGUCAAGAUGGCAGUUGAAGUACGUUGUCGUUAGGGUACUGGCAUUACACUAAAAACUACAUUUCCCUUCCCAGUCACACACGUUUGAAUGUUGUUCAGGGGUAGCUUUUUCCAAUCGAUGAUCUCAACUGAAGUUUCCUCUGUCAGCUUCAUGCUGAGGCUGAAGAAACUCCUCGAGAAUGACAAAAGUAUCGUCUAGGCUGAGCUUCGUCAAAGUCUGCUGCGGAAAAAGGCAAAGGGAACUAAACGGCAUUUAAGUCCCAACAAUGCGGUUCAAACAAAGAAGGCAGUGAUUUGUGGUCUUGGUGGUUUUCUGUGCUGCUCCUGCCAGCCAGGGCUGUGUCUCAUUAUAGUUGUGAGUCGGCGGCUCACCAAGAUGUCUAUGGAGGAGCAGGAAUAUCCUGAAGCGGUGCUGGUGACAGAGGCCGGGCCGCAGUGGCUUCGAGUCGAGGUCGAGCGUCUCACCCGCGAGCUCCGUGAUACGACCCAUGAGAAGAUCCAGGCGGCUGAGUAUGGGCUGGCGGUGCUGGAGGAGAAACAGCAGCUCAAGCAGCGAUUUGAUGAGCUGGAGACAGAAUACGAGACGGUCCGACAUGAGCUGGAUCAGCUGAAGGAGGCCUUUGGACAAGCUUACUCAGCCCACAAGAAGGUGGCAGCAGAUGGGGAAAGCAGGGAAGAGUCACUGAUCCUGGAGUCUGCCAGUAAGGAGGCUCUCUACCAGGAGAAGGUCCUAGAGUUGCAGAAUGAGCUCCGACAGGCCAAAGCCUCCCUCACCAGUGUACAAGCUGAAAACGAACGGCUGUCGUCCAUUGCCCUGGAGAUGAGAGAGAAUUCAGAGCUAGCAGAUCUGCAGCGCGGUCAGCUGCGCGAUGACAUCAGAGAGUACAAGGUGCGCGAGGCUCGUCUGCUGCAGGACUACAGCGAGCUGGAGGAGGAGAACAUCUCUCUUCAGAAACAAGUGUCUGUGCUGAGACAGAACCAGGUGGAAUUUGAAGGUCUAAAGCAUGAGAUCCGCCGUCUGGAGGAGGACUCCCAGUGCCUACACAGCCAGCUGGAGGAAGUCAUGCGUCUGAGAGAAAUUGCAGAGCGACAGCUGACGGAGGCCUUAGAAACGAUUAAAACAGAGCGUGAGCAGAAGGCCACCUUGCGCAAGGAGCUCUCCCACUAUAUGACCAUUGGCGGCUCUGUGUACAACAGCUCGUUCAAUAUCUCCAUCGACAACCUAAAACUCCACGAGGAUCCCUCUACCUUUACCGAGGCUGACAAUGAUGAUCUCAUCAGAGGCUUUGAAAACGGCUUGGCCAAGACAGGUGAAGGUGACAACAGAGCUGCUGUGAACAAGAGAGGGGAGGCUUUCAAGCCGGCUCCUAGCCUGGUGGACGACCUGCUGAGUGAGCUCAACAUCUCUGAGAUCCAGAAACUUAAACAACAGCUUGUACAGGUGGAGCGGGAGAAAGCGGCCCUGAUCAACACUCUCCAGGAGAACCAGAAGCACCUGGAACAGGUCUAUGGGACUGUGUCUGAGCAAAAGGAAACUGUCAACAGGCUGACUGAAAACCUCAGUGCAAUGAGGAAACUUCAGGCUAGUAAGGAGCGCCAGUCUGCACUUGACAGUGAAAAAGACAGGGACAGCCAUGAUGAUGGAGACUACUAUGAGCUGGACAUCAACGGACCUGAGAUUCUGCAGUGUAAAUACACUGUGGCUGUGUCUGAAGCUGGGGAGUUGAGGCAGGAGCUGAAGACUCUGAAGACAAAGUACGAGGAGUGUCAAACCCAGUACGAAGACGAGCGAGCGCGGCUGGAGAGCGACGUCCAGGAGUUGAGGUCACGGUUGGCGUCCCUGGAGAAAAUUAGCCAAGCAGAUAAAGCAGACGUGGCUCGUCUAGAGAAGGAGCUCUGUCUGGUCAGCGAGGCUGCAGGAGAAUCACUUGGCAGCCUUAAUGUGGCCCAGGAUGAGCUCAUAGCUUUCAGUGAAGAGCUGGCCAAUCUUUACAACCAUGUGUGUAUGUGCAACAAUGAGACCCCUAACCGUGUCAUGCUGGACUACUACAAGGAAGGCAAGGCCAUAGUAAGAAGGGGGCAAGAAGGGAAGGAGCACCAGUCUUCCGUGCUUCUCACUAAUGGGCUGAUCACUGAGACUGAACCUGGAAAGUCAGACUCCAGCAGCACCACAGUUACCCCAGCCCCAGAGCACCGGCCAGAACCCAUGAACAUCUAUAACCUCGUAGCCAUCAUCAGGGAUCAGAUCUGCCACCUGCAGCAGGCAGUGGACCGCACCACAGAGCUGUCACGUCAGAGACUUGCCAAUCUGGAACUGAGCACAGUGGCAGACAAGGACAAAGAGGCUUGCAUGGAAGAGAUCCUCAAACUGAAGUCCCUGCUUAGUACCAAAAGGGAACAGAUCGCCACUCUCAGAGCUGUGCUCAAGGCCAACAAACAGACAGCUGAGGUUGCUCUGGCCAACCUGAAGAGUAAGUAUGAAAGUGAGAAGGCCAUGGUGACUGAGACAAUAAUGAAGCUCCGCAAUGAACUCAAGGCUCUGAAAGAGGACGCUGCUACGUUCUCCUCUCUUCGAGCCAUGUUUGCUACAAGGUGUGAUGAGUAUGUGACUCAGCUGGAUGACAUGCAGAGGCAGCUGUCUGCUGCUGAGGAUGAGAAAAAGACCCUGAAUUCUCUGUUACGUAUGGCCAUCCAGCAGAAACUGGCGUUAACUCAGCGCCUGGAGGACUUGGAGUUUGACCAUGAGCAGGCGCGCCGCAGCAGUGCCACAGCAGUGGGAGGCAAGGGCAAAACAAAGGGCAAGGGAGCCUCUUCCAACCAUCAUUAAAUCUAUCAUGCCAAGUGUCCUUAAGGAGGUCCGUCAGAGUCUGUCUGUGACAGUUGGCAAUCACCUGUGCUCUUGGUUCCUUCACUCUCUAAUCAUGGUCCAAAUCAUGUCAUCGGUAAUGCAAGAACAAAUCCAACAGUAUUUGCCAAGGGCCUUGUUAUAGAGCGCCAAAACAAGAAUGUACAGUUCUGUCGAACUGCAGAAAGAAUGACUCAUUGCAUCAGCUGCCCACUGCGGUCCCUCAGUCUUCCAACACUAUGCAGUGCUAUUAUUACUGAACCAGAGGAGGAAUCAAGAUGGGUGUUUUUCUGAUUACUCAUUGCCUGUGUUACCCUGACUGAGCACUUUUUGUUUUACUUAUUUGCUCUGAGGUGAUUCCUCUUUCUUUCUAAAAUCAUACUAAUUGUUUCAAGUAUUAUACAAUGUUUUUACUGGAUGUGCAUGUUUAUCUGCCAGAUUCUUGGCGACAUUUUCAAGUCACCAUAUUUUUAUCCCUAUUUAUUUCAUAGCAACAAAACCAGGUAUUAUGUGGUAAUUGUUUUAAAACCAGAACUUUCAAUUCACUAGUUGAAAUCAAACAAAAGAGACUUUUCUGCCUGAGUUGUUUUCCUUUUGGCCUUAGAUUUAUGGGUGCCUUUCUGACAGCCCAUAGAAACAAGCUCUCAAGGUUAUCAAGAUUUUUGAUAACCAUUUCUCCUGUUUAUUUUCACUAUAUGAUCCUGCAAAUAAGGAGCUUCAAAUUCAGGGUCUUAACUAGAUUUUGUAUAAUUGGGCUCCUCCUUGCUGUUACAAAUUCAAGUAUGCUUGUUAUGACUAAGGAAGAAUAUUAAUGCAAAGCUUAUUUAAAGAUUUCUAAGUUAAAGUCAGAUGUUAAUAGUAUUCAUAAACUUUAUUCAUGAAGGAGAGUUUUUUUUAUUGUAGUUAUUGUAAUUGUUUUUAAACAACUUUUUGUAAACCUUUUUGAGUCCUAAAAUUCAUUGUCUGCAAACAAUAAGUCUGCGGUGCCAUUUUGUGUUUUGUUUGUACAAGUGCAAUUUGCAAACAUGGCAAGAAAAAAAACUAAAUGUUUAUGCUAUGUAAAAAUAUUUUACACAUUGUUGCUCACAUACUUGGUCCUAAUUGAUUUUAUAUGUUUUUACUAUAACUGCAAAUGUAUUUAUUUGACAAUGUUCAAACUACAGGCUGUGGAGUGGAGUGGAGGUGGCUGGUCAGAAUAUUGAUAAGACUGAACUUCUAUGCUAACAGUUAUUGCUGGUGAAGAAAUAAAUCUAACUUUCACAAUA